AUGACCAUCAACCCCACCUACCUCGCUCAGCGGACGCGUUCCUCCGUUAACUGGAGGGAUGCCCAAUUCCGUGUCCUCAAGUCGUACCGCGAGUGGCUGCGCGCGUCCCCGGAGAUCCAGACCAUGUACUCUCUGAACAUGCCCGUAUCAGCCAUCCGAACCAAGAUCCGCCAGGAGUUUGAAAAGCACCGUUAUGUCAAUCAGUUGAACGUUGUCGAUGUCCUACUCUACCAGAGCCAUGCCGAGUUCCAGGAAACCCUUAACUACUGGAAGCAACUCUCUCAUGUUAUGAAAUACUUCCGCCCAGAGGAGGACCCUGGCGCACGGCUACCGCGCAACUUCAUCUCCGGAUUCUUGGAAGGCCGCAAUUGA